CUACUGAAACAGCAAGUGGAUUUAAAAAUGUCGAUUCAAACACCUUUGUUCCCAACCCCACCAUAUCGCUCAUUCUCUCUCUCCUCUUUUGUCACUUCACUAUAUAAAGGUAUAAACUCACUUGCUACCUCUCAAUAGUCCGUUGUUCUCCUUCAAAAUCCCCAGAUUCCUUUUACACACAGUGCAAGAACCAAAAAGCACAAAAAGGUUGUUGAACCAUUCUUGAAUAAAUCUAUGGCGAAGAAGUUGGAUGAUUGUGAGUUUUGGCUACCUUCACAGUUUCUUACUGAUGAUGAACUUCUCAUGGACUUUAAGAUUAACGAUGGCAGAAAGUACCUUGGACUCGGGUUUAACCCGUCUGGAACUCACUCGGAUCUGAGUUCACCCGUUGAUUCUGUGAUCGGGUCAGUUGAUACAGAGAGUGACGAAGAAGAGUAUAUUACUGGGUUAACUGACAAAAUGGGUCAGUCUACACUUCGUGACCCUGGAUUUAGCUAUGGAAACACAAAGGGUUGGAGUUUGUCCGGUUCACCUCAAUCGACGUUGUGCGAAGGGGCUUUUGAUCAAUUUUAUGCGGCUGCUGGCGAACUCGCAAGGAUUAGGAUGAUGGAUGAAGCUGCCAGAGUUUAUCAGACUAAUUUAUGGGCUACCGCGGAGAAUACCAGUGCAGUCCCUGCAGCCACAAAAUACUCAAAUCAGCCCUUGCUCUCUUACCAGAAGUUGCAAGUAGCUCAAUUUCAGCGGUUGAAACAGCAACGGAUGAUGAAGCAAGGCCAAGGAGUAUUGGGUUCGAUUAAAGGUGAAUUUGGGCAGUAUCCGGUGAGCAAGAACCUGCAGCAGUUUGCUCAUAGCAGAGGCCAAAAUGGAGCUGCUAGGCCUAUGAAUUCUUCAACUUUUGGUUGGCCUAAUUUGCAACAGUCUCAGUUUCCACAGCAGCAUCCUGGCUCAGGCAUGCGCGCUGUUUUUCUAGGAAAUCCAGGUCAUAAAAGGGAGUGUGCUGGUACUGGUGUUUUCUUGCCCAGAACAAAUGGGACACAAACUGAAACUCGACAGAAAACGGGGUGUUCGACAGUUUUACUGCCAGACAGAGUGGUCCAGGCCCUGAACUUGAACUUACAAGGUAUGGAUGUUCGGCAGCAGAAUCAGGUUCAAACCAGGUGUUAUCAAGGCGGAAGCGGCUUAACUCUGUCCAAUUGUUCGAAAUAUCCUAAUAAUUUGACAGUGGCUCAACAAAAACGUAAUUUAAGAACGGGAAAUAUCUACUCACAGCCAGUGACGAUGACACACGAGCUACUUCUUCCGCAAGAUUGGACUUACUGACCGAUAAUCAAUAUUAAUUGAAAUAAUGAAAUCACAGAAUGUUAUGAAGUUUUAGAAGCAGGGGAGAUUUUGUCCCUGGUUAGAUAGUUAAGAAAGAUAUAUAUUAAUUUCAGUUUUUUUGGGGAUAGUGUUAGAGCAUCACUAUUAUGAAAGAAUAAGAGUUUCUUUUUUAGUUUUAAGUAGUGAAAAGGAAAAGAAGGUUGGGUCAUAUUUUGCUGGAAUUACAACCUACUUUCUAGUUUCUACACUGAUGUUGCCAGUGUAUCUGAGGUGUUAUUACAGAAAAAUGGUAUUAAUCCCUCCAUGAGCUGGUAUGGCAGGCAGGGGAAUUGAUCAAUAAUUAUACCAUUAAUUAUCUACUUAUCCCUGUACAAACAUCUAUAAUCUUUUGUUCUGUCAUAUUCCAUCUUUAUGCCUUUCUGAUUAA